AUGGCCGGAUCCGGCGCGUGGAAGCGUCUCAAAUCUCUGCUACGGAAGGAUGAUGCGCCGCUGUUUUUAAAUGACACCAGCGCCUUUGACUUCUCGGACGAGGUGGGGGACGAGGGGCUUUCUCGGUUUAACAAACUUCGAGUUGUGGUGGCCGAUGAUGGUUCUGAAAUCCCAGAAAGGCCUGUUAACGGGGCGCACCCGGCCCUCCAGGCCGACGAUGAUUCCUUACUGGACCAGGACUUCCCUUUGACCAACAGUCAGCUGAGUCUGAAGGUGGACCCCUGUGACAACUGCAGCAGACAGCGAGAGUUACUGAAGCAGAGAAAGGUGAAAACCAGGUUGACCAUUGCUGCCGUUCUUUACUUGCUUUUCAUGAUUGGAGAACUUGUAGGUGGAUACAUUGCAAAUAGCCUAGCAAUCAUGACAGAUGCACUUCAUAUGUUAACUGACCUAAGUGCUAUCAUACUGACCCUGCUUGCUUUGUGGCUGUCCUCAAAAUCUCCAACCAAAAGAUUCACCUUUGGAUUUCAUCGCUUAGAGGUUUUAUCAGCUAUGAUUAGUGUGCUCUUGGUGUAUAUACUUAUGGGAUUCCUCCUAUAUGAAGCUGUCCAAAGAACUAUCCAUAUGAAAUAUGAAAUAAAUGGAGAUAUAAUGCUCAUCACUGCAGCUGUUGGAGUUGCUGUUAAUGUAAUAAUGGGGUUUCUAUUGAACCAGUCUGGUCACCACGCCCAUUCCCACUCUCUGCCUUCGAAUUCUCCUACCGUAGGUUCUGGGUGCAGACACAACCAUGGGCAGGACAGCCUAGCAGUGAGAGCUGCAUUUGUACAUGCCUUGGGGGAUUUGGUACAGAGUGUUGGUGUACUAAUAGCUGCAUACAUCAUACGAUUCAAGCCAGAAUACAAGAUUGCCGAUCCCAUCUGUACAUAUGUAUUUUCAUUACUUGUGGCUUUCACAACAUUUCGUAUCAUAUGGGACACAGUAGUUAUAAUACUAGAAGGUGUACCAAGCCAUUUGAAUGUAGACUAUAUCAAAGAAGCCUUGAUGAAAAUAGAAGAUGUAUAUUCAGUGGAAGAUUUAAAUAUCUGGUCUCUCACUUCAGGAAAACCUACUGCCAUAGUACACAUACAGCUAAUUCCUGGAAGUUCAUCUAAAUGGGAAGAAGUACAGUCCAAAGCAAAGCAUGUGUUAUUGAACACAUUUGGCAUGUAUAAAUGUACUAUUCAGCUUCAGAGUUACAGGCAAGAAGUGGACAGAACUUGUGCACAUUGUCAGAGUUCCAGUUCCUAAUUUUAUAUGUUUUGGGGACCACUGCCUUAUUUAUCCUGCAGUCACAGACCUGAGAGCAAUAAAUGUGCACACCUGAAAGAGAAAAUGGAAUCCCUGACAGCUGUGUCCAUAUCAAGCACCUGUCUCUCAAAACAAUCACUCUAGCCUGAGAGUGCUACUUUCUGUUUAAUGGUAAAAGGAGACUUCACCAUGGUUUUCAGAUGAAGAUGUUUCCAAAACACUAUUUAUAGAAUGAGACGUGACUCUACGGAUACCUCAAAGAAGACAAUCCAAGACCACAUUUCACUAACUGUGACAGAGUACAUGUCUUAAAGGAAGCAUCAAGAAUUCAGUAUUUGCAUUUAAAAAUCCUUUUUAAGGACCAUUUUUUAUCAAGCUAGUGCUGGAAAACUGAUUUUUUUUUAUUAGGUAAUCUUGACAGCCAGCUUCUGGAAUUUGACACCCAGUUAUGUUUUUACAGAAAUUAUUUCUCAACAGAUUUCAGAGAAUACUAGAAAUUAUCCAGAUAGUGGAAUAAGCAUGCAUUCCUAAGUGUUUCAGAAAUGUUUUAUUUCACAAAUAAUGUUAUUGUUAUAGUUUUACUUUAUAAACAACUUUUUCCAGAUGUUACAGGGUUUUGAAUCUCAAAGUUAUCAUUUUGGUUAUUUGUAAUCUUAAUCAGAACCAAAUCUUUACAUGUUGUGGUGGUCACUGUCAUUAGGAAUAUUUAGGAAAUAUUUUCAAUACUAUUCUAAAUGGCAGAAGUUAAUCUUAAAUUACUAUAUGGUGAUUUAAAAUAUAGGAGUGGGGAUGGAGUGUGGAAUGUCAGAUUUAAGUCUUCCUGCAGUCACUUUUAUUAUUCAUGGAAUUAUCUUAAGAAUAGCAGGAGACUGCAAAAUGUAAACAAUGAUCCUCUGUCCUUGUAACAACUGAAAGUGUGCUUGGUACCUUGCUUCCUGCCUCCAUACCCAUUAGUCUGUGCCCCUUCAGGGUAAAACUCUGGAGAGCUGUGGUUCAGUUUGUAAUGCCUAUCUUUCACAUGUAGAUUAACCACAUUCCUCCAGAGAGAAUUUGUUUGAUGAUAUGGGUUAGGGAUUCUCCACGGACUCCAGAAACCCUAAGAUAUAAUUUUGAGGUUUUCCAAUAAUACCAUAGCAGAAAUGCCCAAAGAGAUAGGGAGAAGACAUUUAAAAAGAAAGAAAACAUCAAGGGUUUUUGACCUUGUAUUUGUGUUGUUUGAAACACAGGAAUUGGGAUGGACAUUCAAUCUGUGUUGUAGGGAGGCUAAACCUGAAACUUUCCAAACCGAAUGCAACCUAAUUGGUACCAGUUGUGUUAAAGGGGUAGCUGUGAAUAAUCAGGUUUCAUUUUGCAACUGUUAGUUUUGUGAUUAUCUUUAUGCACUUUAGAAGUCUAUUUUCACAGGGACAGUUUCUUAACCAAGAAUGGAUAUGGUUCUUGAGGUUCUCAGAGAAUCAGAGUACAAUUACUAGGCAAGUUGUGAAUUAGAAGCUUAGAUAAACAUGCAGAUGACUUAUAAUAUCAAAGAAGGAGAGGAAACAGAUUUCGUGUUUCUACCAAGUACCUCACUGUAAGUAAACCUAAGAUAAAACCUGAAGUUACCUAAAAGAUGAUUAAGAGUUGAUGGUAUCCCCCAAAAAAGGGUUGAUGAGGGUUAAUGGUAUCUAGUAAAACCCAGUGUUUAUUGAAUUGAAUUGAAAAUUAACCUUAUGCGGUUCUUGCUGUGAAUCCAUUUAAAAUGAUUUGAAUUUUUCAAAAAUUUGAGUAGUACAUACAUAGUUUAAGUCAAAAUUCUCUUAAAUGUGGAAGGCAAUUAAGAAUAAAUGAGAAGCAUUUCAGUGGACAUCUGGGCAUUACGGACUUUGGGUACCUAGCAAGAGAAAGGAAAAGAACAUGCAUUGUAUGCUUAUGGCUUUCCCCACAUUUGCAGGUGUUUCCCAUGUGUCCACUGAGCUUGUUUCUUGUAAACUUUCCUUUAUCCUAAAUAGGCGUAUCUUACUUUUCAUAUCGAC